AUGAAACUACGUCAUUUACUGAGCGACAUGGAUCAUGCGAAGAUACCAAUCGGGAUUGGGAAUAUGAAAAACUUAAGGGAGAUCACAGGCUUUGACAUUACCAUGAGUUCAGUAGGUGCAGUGAAGGAGCUAGGGAGCCUGAUCAAUUUGAAGGUACUCCAUGUAUGGUUCACGAUGAAAGAUGAAGAAUCUCAAGAGUACAAGAUUCAUGCAGAGAUGUUUCAUUCUUCACUAUGCAAGCUUGGCAGCUACAAACUCCAGUCCGUGUGUAUAGAUGGUGGUUAUUCAUAUCCAUUCGAGUUAUUAGAUUCCUGGUCUCCUCUUCCAUCUUGCCUCCAAAGAUUUGAGAUGGGCAGCACCCAUUACUGUUUAUCAAAACUGCCAAAGUGGAUUACUCCAGCACUCACCAGUCUGGCAUACCUAGAAAUUAAUUUAAGUGUAAUAACAGAGGAGGUUCUUGGCAUACUUGGAGAGCUGCCUGCAUUACUUUCUCUGAAGCUUUAUACCAACACGGUCCAUAAAGACAGGCUUGUUUUGCCAGGCAAAGGAUUCGGAUGUUUGAAGGAGCUCGUUUAUGAACCUUUUGAUGAAGGUGCCGGGACCCUUCUGUUUGAGGAAGGGGCACUGCCAAAGCUCGAGCAGCUUGAGCUGUGGUUGUCCGUAUCAGUGGCAAAGGCCUAUGGGUUCUACUUAGGUAUUGAGCACCUCCCGUAUCUGAAAGAUGUACGAGUUCUUCUUCAGAACCGGGAUGCCACAUAUUGUGAAGUCGAGGCUGCAGAAGUUGCCAUAAGGAAUGAAAUAAGUCUCCAUCCCAACCAUCCCAGGUUUAUUGUUGGAUGA